CGCUAAUCCCAACUGGAAAAACUUCCAGUCCCUUCCCUGUCACGAGCCCGCGCCGUCAUCUCUUGUUUUCUAUUCCCCGCCAGAUAUUAUUUCUUGUCCUUUGUUUUCCUUUCACACAGAUUUAAACGCGCUGGGCGUGGUAUCAUUAUGGAUUUCGACCAAUCCCCAGAUCGUCGAGCCUCACAGGCGAGCUUCUUGUCUUUACAGCAGCUUGACCCUUCCCCGAUCGAUUCUCCGCCAGCAGAUCCGUCUAUUGACCGCCGGGACCUCGGGCCACCGCCGAGAGGAAGUGAUGAUGGAUAUGAGAUGGUCGAUGCCGAUGAUAUGGAGAGGAGCUCAGCAACUAUCAAGGCUCCUUCGACCGGUGCUCCCGGGCUGAGCGCAAGUACAAACCUCACAAAUGGAGCUACAGGUCCAGGCCCAAUCUUCUAUCUUAUGCGAAUCCAGAAGUUCUCGAGCUAUGCAAUGGGUCUAUUCACCUCCCUCCAUCUCGCCAACGUUUCCCUCAUCCCCGCUGUUACUCGCUCUGUCCCUGGCUCCGAGACGUACCUCCUCAUGACUCGUGAAAUUUACCAGACCUCCCUUACGGAACCAAUUCUCGUCGCUCUCCCUGUUAUUGCCCAUAUUGGAUCAGGAAUUGCUCUUCGACUAUUGCGGAGGUCACAGAACAUGAAACGCUAUGGUGCUGCGACCCCGGGAAUGUACGCUCUCCAUCGUUCAAGGACGGAACUCGAGGAUCAAAGAAGGGCUUCUUCGCCGUGGCCAGCACUGAGCUAUAUCUCGAUAUCCGGUUAUGCUUUUUCCGUCUUCUUCGCCGCCCAUGUCUUUGUCAAUCGUGUUCUGCCCUUACAGGUUGAGGGCGACAGCUCUAACAUUGGUCUCGCCUACGUCGCACAUGCUUUUGCUCGACAUCCUAUUACUUCUUGGGUUUCUUAUGUUGGCCUUCUUGCCGCCGGUUGCGGCCAUAUGAUCUGGGGUCAGGCCAAGUGGUUUGGUCUAUCACCUACGACGAAAUACAUCUGGGGUACAAGUACCGCACCCGCGGAGAAGAGGGCGAGGAAGCAAAGGAGAAGGAGAUGGGUCGCUCUCCACGGAGCAUCGGUGGCUUUUGCUGCUCUCUGGGCAGUUGGAGGCCUAGGAGUUGUUGCGAGGGGAGGCCUCAUGGAAGGCUGGAUUGGAAAGGUGUAUGAUGAUAUCUUCGCAGCGGUGGGAUUGUGAGGGCAUAGUUGAUCUAGCAUCAUUGGAGUUUGGGUUCGUUUACAUGGGAGAUGUUGAACUCCUCUCUUUAUACGCAUAUUAUGGAAAUACCCUACGCCUAUACGUUGGAGAAUGAAGUAGAUACGCAUGAAUGCAUCAGGAAACUAAGACAAUAUGAUAAUCCACUAGAAUGUUAG